AUGAGCUCUUCCCACUCCUGCAUAUCAGAAGUCAUACCCAACUUUACGAUUCUAUUUAGAUAUUUGACGAAAGAAGAAGUUCAAGUGACUUGUCCUAAUGUGAACACAAUGCGUUUGUCACUAAAAGAAGGGCUGGAUAGACGUUUUCGGCGUAUUGAAGAUGACAAGUACUGUAGUCUAGCAACAUUGAUGGAUCCGCGCUAUAAAAUGAUUUUUUUACACCAGCACAGAGAUCUUCACCAUCAUCCAAUAACGAAAACACACACAACGUUCUGGAGCUGCUCCGAGGAACUUGCAGCAGUAAAGUUACCAAAUGUAGAAGAAACCAAAUGUCCAAUUGCAUCAGAGCUAGAUCGAUAUCUCACUGAUGUUCUGCUGCCCAAAGACCUUUAUGUCCAUAUGGGC